AUGAAAUUUCUUUUGAGUGUCAUUGCAGCUUUAAUUGUGGCUAUAAAGAUAUCCAAUAGUGUCGAAAUUGAAUGCUUUUUUGACAAUGAAUUGUUAUUUGAUGACAUGAAAGUUGUGUAUACAUGCACAGUGCUACAUUUAACGACAAAUCAAGCUGAUCGAAACAUAACAAAGUUAACUCCGACUGACGAAAGAUCACACUCAGUCGAUAAGAACAAUGAAGUUUAUCAACUUUACAUAAUUCAUCAAAAAAUGGAAUAUUUUCCACGAGGAUUUACAGACUAUUUCAAAAACAUUGAAGCAAUUCAUGCUGGAAUGAAUGAAUUGAAAUAUUUGGAACGGGACGACAUGAAAGAUUUUCAAAAAUUGAGAUUUUUGUAUUUGUACAGCAAUCAUUUAGAGAAUCUACAGUCUGACGUAUUUCUGGACAACUUGGAACUAGAAUAUGUCUCAUUUUACAAUAAUCGUCUCAUGCACAUUGGAUCAAAAUUAUUGACACCGUUAAAGAAGCUCAGAACUGCUUAUUUCAACAAAAAUAUCUGCAUUGAUAAGCAAGCUGUGCAAAGCUUUAAAGAAGUUGCUGAAAUUAGACUUGAAAUUUCGGAUCGUUGUAGCGAUAUCACGGACGAAGAUUUAAUGAAUGUGCUGAAGCAGAAUCAAGAUAAAAUAGUCAGCUUGGAAGGUGUAGUAAGCAUGAUAAAUCAGCAGUUGUUUGAGAUGAUUCAGCAUUUCAAUUUAUCUAACAAAACUGAAUUGUAA